AUGCGUCUCCCAAUCUUUAGUGUUCUCGCGAUGUUUACCGCAUCGGCGCUCGCAGCCUUGAACAAAACCGGUUCAACCUGUACUGUGACUCCAUUGGAAACGGGAAAGGAUGACACGCCCCAGAUCCUCGACGCCUUCAAGCAAUGCGGACAAAACGGCAAGGUGGUGCUGACAGAGGGCCUAUUCAACAUUGGUCAGGUGAUGCGAACAACAGACUUGAACAACUGCAACAUCGAGAUCUACGGAACUCUCAAAUGGAGCUCUGAUAUCCAAUAUUGGUUGCGUAACAGCAUUAGCGUCACAUACGCCGGUAGAUCGACAGCAUGGCAGCUGGGCGGUGUCAACAUAAGCUUGAGGGGUUUCGGAAAGGCAUUAUUCGAUGGUAAUGGACAGCUAUGGUAUGACCAGAAUAGGAAUCAAGGCAACCAGAACGGCCGGCCCAUCAGCUUAACCCUUCGGCACGCCAAGAACGUCCUGGUGGAUGGAAUUACAUGGAGGCAAAGCCAGUUCUGGCAUACUUUCAUCGCGUACUCGGAAAAUGUCACCAUGAGUAAUUUGGAUAUGAACUCAACUUCAAACAGUCAGUGGUCAACAGUCAACACAGAUGGCGUCGAUACUUGGAACUCUAGAGACAUUGUCAUUUCAAAUUGGACCGUGACCUGCGGCGAUGACUGUAUCAGUAUGAAAGGGAAUUCCAGUAAUGUACACGUCAGCAAUGUGGUCUGCCACGAGAGCGGUGCUAUGUGUAUAGGCUCCAUAGGCUCGAACCCCUCUCAACCCGACUAUGUCGAGAACGUCUACUACGACAAUGUCACCGCGUUUCACAGCAGCAACGCUGCGUGGAUCAAAACAUAUUCGGGACAGGGCAGGGUCCGCAAUGUGACCUUUGCUAACAUGCAGUUCGAAAACGUCAACCAGCCGAUAUACAUUACACCCUGCAUCUACAGCGGUUCCGGGUGCGAUAGCUCGCGUCUGAGUAUCGAAGACAUCCGCUGGGUGAAUAUUACAGGUACUAGUAGGUAUAAUGUAGCAGCAGGGAUACAUUGCAGUGCCGCGGCGCCGUGCAAGAAUCUUAGGAUGGAAAAUGUGAACAUAACACCGAUGAAAGGUGGCAAAGCAAAGUGGCUGUGCUCCAAUAUUCAGAACCAGCAGUCAAGUGGGAUUCCAUGUACUGAGAGCUGCCCUGCGAAUUGGCCCCAGCAGUUGAAUGGUGACCGCUAA